AGGUCAGACAAUGAGGCGACAAAUAAGACAUACUAUAAACAUCGCCUAAAAGCCUGCCCUCUCUGUGGAGCCAAGACAACUGGCGUUCCAAGGCACUACCGCCAGGUGCAUAAAAAGGUUUUCAGAAAGUCAGAGCUCACACAGGAACAGAUAAUCAAGCUCUACAGCAGAAAAUCCACUGACAAGAAAACAGAUGCCAGGCCAUAUAAGAUGUGUCCUGUUAUUUGGUGUGACAAAAUGAGACAGCGCAUAGAUCAGCAUCUGUUGAGGGAUCAUGGCCUUCUACAUGAUAGCAAAGAUUACCAGGACUAUUUAUCUGGA